GCGCUGAAUACCCCCCGAGCUCCCCAGUACCUGUCCGUCGGUCCGGGCUCUGAAACGGAGGCUGGGCUCCACCAGCGAGCCGGGAGGAAGAGAGGGAGGCAGAAAAAGCUCGCCGCCGCCCCGAGGAGUGUUUGAGAGAGGCCUCAGGUCUGCCCUCUUUCUCCUUUGGGAUCCAGGCUCCGCAGACACCGGCAAGGUGUUCUGCCGUGGGCCAGGAUCUUUUCCAUUUGAUAGACAGAGCUCGCUCCCGCUCCCACAUUCCCAACAUGAAAAUCCUCGUGGCUCUGGCUGUGCUCUUCCUCGCGUCCGCUCAGGCUUUUGCCGAAGAAAUGGGCGCCAACGACGAUCUAAACUACUGGGCCGACUGGUCGGACAGCGACCAGAUCAAGGAAGAGCUCUCCGAGCCCUUUGAGCAUUUCUUGCAGAGAAUUGCCAGGAGACCCAAGCCUCAGCAGUUCUUUGGGUUGAUGGGCAAAAGGGAUGCUGAUACCUCAGUUGAAAAGCAAGUGGGCAUGUUAAAGGCUCUCUAUGGGCAUGGCCAAAUAUCUCAUAAAAGGCAUAAAACAGAUUCCUUUGUUGGACUCAUGGGCAAAAGGUCUUUAACUUCUGGGUCCUCGGAAUGGAGCACAGCACAGAACUAUGAGAGAAGGCGCAAAUGAGGCAUCACCUAUGGGCCUUCCAUCAACGUCAUUGGCUCUGAUGGCCCACAAUGAUGAGGCAUCCGUGAAGAUCCUCACUAGCCAGAAUGAUUAUUUAUUUAAUAACACUUGUGGUUUUGAGUUGUAAAUCUAAUCAGACAGUUAUUUUUCAUAUUGUGACAAUGACCCCCAUUGGAUAAGUGUUUUCUAGCUCUAAGCUGCAUCCCUUGGAGAUGGAAGCCCCUGGUAUUUCACAACCAAGCACAUUAUUGGCUAUGAACUUGUGCUUCUGGUGAUGAUUUGUUCAUCCAGGAAAAUCAAUGUUUUGGUUAAUGCAGUAAUGUCCUCUUUGCAACUAAUGUAAUGCAAAUCCUUUCCACUGUAUCUCCAUAGUUACGAUAUUCUGUAAUGGGGGGAUCAAAAUAUAUUCGUAUCGUCA